GCCGACAACAUUUGGACAUUAUUUAACUUUGUCGGGACCACCCAGCCACUGUUUGGACAUUUUUAUUUCCACCAUGACACCCUGAACUGUGCGCGAGCGGCACGAUAAAUUACUUUUGACGGCCCGGGAGCGGAAGUGAGAGAAGGGGGAAGUUGUUAGGGUAUAUAGGAAAAAUAAACCCCUAAAAAGUGUUUUUUGUCCUGCGUCAAGUUCAAGUCAGAUCUCGUUUUUCAAGAGGGAGGGUGGCCCCGGAGCGUUUGGGGGGCAUGGACACCCACGUUAAGGAGGGACAACUUUAUGUGCAGCAUCAAAAGUUUGGAAAGAAAUGGAAGAAGAACUGGUUCGUCCUCUACCCCGCCAGCCAGAAUGGCAUCGCCCGCCUGGAGUUCUACGACUCACCGUCGGGCGGAGGGGGUGUGGCCGGCGGAGGCUCGGGAAGCGGUUCCAAUGAGAAAACCAGGAAGCUCGACAAGAAGAUCAUCCGCUUGUCUGAGUGCAUUUCCAUCCUGCCGGCGCUGACGGAGAGCUGUCCCAAAGAAAACAUGGCAGCAUUCUGUGUGGAGACCAACGACAAGACGCACGUGUUCGCUACAGAGAAGAACGCCGCAAAAGACUGGAUGGAUACCAUGUGCGACAUCGCAUUUCAGGGAGGAAGCGGCAGCAGCAACAGUACUGCUGCAGACCCUAAUGGAGGAGCCCUGGACCUGCAGAUGUCUGAAAACCUCAUCUACUACUCCAGAGAGGAGGUUAAUGAGUUUUGGGUGGGCAUUCAGCGCACUGAGGCGUCAGAGCGCUGCGGGUUGACGGGGAAUUACUGGCUGAAGGCGGAAAGCGACAUCUUAAUCUUGAAGGACCCAAAGACCAAGAAGAAAGUUCUGGUGUGGCCCUACAAGCUGCUGAGGAGAUACGGCCGAGACCGGGUGAUGUUUUCCUUUGAGGCGGGUCGACGCUGCGACUCGGGCCCGGGUAACUUCACAUUCGAGACCAAGCAAGGGAACGAGAUCUUCAUGCUGGUGGACCAGGCCAUCCAGUCGCAGAAGGUGCAGGCCGAGGAGCGCCACCUCAGCUUCCCCAGCAACUGUGACCCAGACUGCCCUGCGUCCCUGCAGCACAUACGCAACGCUGUGCCGAGUGCCGUGACCACGGGGAGCGGAGACAGCAGCAGCUGCAGCAGUCGGGAGGCAGACGGCGAUUCAGGCGGCAGCAAGCCAGGCUCUGCUGAUGGCGUGCUCGGGAAGAGAGAGGGAGGAGAUGGAGGAGGAGGGAGGGGGCAAGGAGCAGGACUCAAAGGGAGGAGUUUACCAGAACCACCAGCCAUAUUAGGGGUUUUGGGUGGAGGAGGGACCCCUCCAAGGCCAGCAAAAGGUCAGCCCUCAACUGAUGAAAAUGCAGGUCUUUAUUCUGAGCCUGCAGAUUCAGUCCGCCUGCCUCUGCAAAGCUCUGACUGCCUCUACUCCGAUCCAGUGGACAGCAUCAAGGGUCAAAUCCAAACCAGCAGCGCACCUCCAGUGCCCACCCCCCGCCUCCGACCAGUAGGAGAUGAGGCUUCGGGAGUUGGCGUCCAAGGGGAUCAUCACCAUGGAGGCAGCAACCAUAAGAAGCCACUGGACCUGUUUUCACACGUGUACGACCAGAUCAGCCUGGAGCUGAACCAGAAAACAAGUGCACUGAGUCUAAAUGGGGCUGCAGGGGGAGGAAGAGGUGGAGGAAGAGGGGGAGGAAGAGGGGUGAACAGUAACAGGCGACCCCCCGCAGGUCAAGCAGAAGGGGCUUUGUCCCCUCCCGUUCCUCACAUGGAUCACAUAUACGAUGAACCGGAGGGUUGCGCCAAAGGAGGCGCUGGCAUGUCCGCUAGUUCAGGUAUUUAUGAUGAGGCCCGUUUGGAGCCCCACAGCCAGAGGAGACAGGAGGAGGCGGCGGUCCUAUCAGGAUCGGAGGCAAGCAGACACUCUCCCCCGCAGCUGGGCCCGAGCCGUGGCACGCCGCAACCUCCGACUCCGAGAUGGCCCAAGCCUGUCACAGCCCCGAAGCCGGUCAGAAGUGCUUUUCUUCGUAAGGAGCCAGUGCCGCUGCCCCCUGGGAAACAUGGAGGUCCGGGCAGUAAUGUGAACAACAACAACAAUAUUUGGGGAGGAGGAGGAGGAGGAGGAGGGGGGGAGCUGUACAGCAAAGUGUGUAAGCAAAAACCUCCACUUGCCCAUUUGUGGUACAGCCAGCACCACCAGGCGCCGCUGAGAUCCCCGGAUAUCAUCUACGACAACUUGGGAGAUAUUUGACCUCCUUGUUUUAAUACAGCGACUGAAAAGGAAAUGUUGAUCCGCUUUGUGAAAAUGCUGAAAAGAUGAGGCCCGAAAAGCAACUUUUGAUUGGUGCCUUUACUCUGGACUAAGCACAUUUCAGCAUCUGCGGACUGGAAUAAUUCUUUGAGACAGUCGAUUCAUUUGGAGUAGAUUGGCUCACAGCUAUGAGAAAUCCACGACAUUACGGUUGCAUUUUGAAACAUGGAGUGCAACUAUUGUAGGGCAACUCUGUGUUUGUGCGUGUUUGAGAAAAAGUGAGAGAGUUUGCAUGGUCAAACCCAUAAUUGGCGCAUCAAUCCGCAGUGUGGUUGGAACCAGCCACACACACAGAAACCAUUUAGAUUUGCCAAAAGGACCUCGGCCUACAGGCUUCACUUUAACAAGCUGAGAGAGCGGCUUGGCUCUUCUUUUAUAAAAUGCCUGCCGAGCUUAUGAAGUGACUGGGAAACAUGUUUUUGCACUGCUGCUUUUGUGUUACCCUGCAAUAUGAGACAAUGUGACAGAGUUAUUGUCUAACAGGUUUGGAGGAUCUCUCAGACUUAGGACAAAAGAAGCAGAAAUUCUUCUGUUUGUGCUUUUUGGGCUGAUUUGUCAUCCUCAACCCCAAUAAAUUGGGGGGGGGUUAAAACAUGUACAGCCCAGAAAAAUAUAUGUGACAUUGUUGCAUCCACUAAAUGGGAAAACAUUGAUGCUACUGUUGAAGAGUGGGACUUGAAGACCCCAUUUGGGUCUCGGAAACAGAUGAAUUUGUCAUAAAGGGGUCAUGGAGUCACAUAGUCCUCAUGGCCAUUUACAGAGGCAACUUCCUGCACAUGAUAAUAUUAUAUGAAUAUGUUUCUAUGUACAGACAAACUAAUUAUGAAACUAAUCAAUCCCUUUGCAAUAUGUCAGAAACAGCUGUGCUGUGUGUAAAUAUAACUAAUAAUAAAAAUGGCUCCAAAAACUAAA